AUGGCGGAAAGAUCAUGGUUUGGCAUGGACAUUGGGGGAACUCUAGUAAAGCUCUCGUAUUUUGAACCUAUUGAUAUCACAGCAGAGGAAGAGCAAGAGGAAGUUGAGAGCUUAAAAAGUAUUCGGAAAUAUUUGACUUCUAAUGUAGCAUAUGGAUCCACUGGCAUUCGGGAUGUACACCUUGAACUUAAGGAUUUAACACUUUUUGGCCGAAGAGGGAACUUGCACUUUAUCAGAUUUCCAACUCAUGACCUGCCUACUUUUAUCCAAAUGGGAAGAGACAAAAACUUCUCAACAUUACAAACGGUGCUGUGUGCUACGGGAGGUGGUGCUUACAAGUUUGAAAAAGAUUUUCGCACAAUUGGAAACCUCCACCUGCACAAACUGGAUGAACUUGACUGCCUUGUAAAGGGCUUGCUGUAUAUAGAUUCUGUCAGUUUCAAUGGACAAGCAGAGUGCUAUUAUUUUGCUAAUGCCUCAGAACCUGAGCGAUGCCAAAAGAUGCCUUUUAACCUAGAUGACCCCUAUCCACUACUGGUGGUGAACAUUGGUUCAGGAGUCAGUAUCUUAGCAGUCCACUCCAAAGAUAACUAUAAACGAGUGACCAGGACAAGCCUUGGAGGGGGUACCUUUCUGGGUUUAUGCAGUUUACUGACUGGCUGUGAAAGUUUUGAAGAGGUUCUUGAAAUGGCAUCCAAAGGUGACAGCACCCAAGCUGACAAAUUGGUCCGUGAUAUUUAUGGAGGCGAUUAUGAAAGAUUUGGUCUGCCAGGUUGGACAGUAGCAUCUAGUUUUGGCAAUAUGAUUUAUAAAGAGAAGCAAGAAUCUGUUAGUAAAGAAGAUCUGGCAAGAGCUACUUUAGUUACUAUCACCAAUAAUAUUGGUUCUGUGGCACGAAUGUGCACUGUUAAUGAGAAAAUAAACAGAGUUGUCUUUGUUGGGAACUUUUUACGUGUCAAUACUCUAUCAAUGAAACUUCUGGCAUAUGCACUGGAUUAUUGGUCCAAAGGUCAACUGAAAGCAUUGUUUCUAGAACAUGAGGGAUACUUUGGAGCAGUUGGUGCACUUCUUGGGCUGCCAAACUUCAGCUGAAGCAUCAGAGGUUACUCUGCUAAUGAAUGUCAUCCUAGAGGAACUAAAACCAGAGGCGUUUUAACUGCAUUGUUUGUCCUUGGAAACCAAAGGAUAAAAGAAUUUCACUAUUCCUGUUAAUUUUGAAUGUCAGAAUGGAAAACUCAUGAAUGCCAUAUUAAAAGAGAGAACUCUGUAA